AUGGAAGAAAGGCCAGAGACUGAACUAAUAUCAAUACCUGCCACCCCACGUGCGUCGACGCCGGAGAUACUGACGCCGCCCGGUCAACGGUCGCCGAGGAAGGAAUCCUGCACGGCCAAGUCAUGGACUCCGACUUCGUUCAUUUCGCCGAGGUUUGUGAGCCCCAUUGGGACACCUAUGAAGAGGGUUUUGACAAAUAUGAAGGGGUAUUUGGAGGAAGUGGGGCAUUUGACGAAGCUGAAUUCUCAAGAUGCUUGGCUUCCCAUUACAGAAUCACGCAAUGGGAAUGCACAUUAUGCAGCUUUUCAUAAUCUGAAUGCUGGAGUGGGAUUCCAGGCCUUGGUCUUGCCUGUGGCCUUCUCUUUUCUUGGAUGGAGUUGGGGAAUAAUUUCUUUAAUUAUAGCCUAUAUCUGGCAACUAUAUCCUCUAUGGAUUUUAGUUCAGCUACAUGAAGCGGUUCCUGGGAAGAGAUACAAUAGAUAUGUCGAACUAGCCGAAGCAGCCUUUGGGGAGCGAUUGGGGGUCUGGCUUGCUCUUUUCCCUACUGUUUACCUAUCAGCGGGGACUGCAACGGCUUUGAUUCUCGUGGGAGGGGAGACCAUGAAACUAUUCUUUCAGAUAGUCUGCGGUCCACACUGUUCGUCUAAUCCUCUGACGACUGUUGAGUGGUAUUUGGUGUUUACAUCCUUGUGCAUCGUAUUAUCCCAGCUUCCGAACCUGAAUUCAAUUGCCGGACUCUCACUGGUAGGAGCGGUGACUGCCAUUGCAUACUCGACCAUGGUGUGGUUGCUCUCUGUAAGCCAACCUAGACCACCCACAAUUUCAUACCAACCCAUUUCACUGCCUUCGGCAACAGCCUCUGUGUUUUCUGUCUUAAACGCACUCGGUAUCAUAGCAUUUGCAUUUAGAGGCCACAAUUUAGUCCUCGAAAUUCAGGCAACAAUGCCAUCAACAUUCAAGAAUCCAGCUCAUGUGCCAAUGUGGAGGGGAGCAAAAGUUGCCUAUUUCUUCAUUGCCAUGUGCUUAUUCCCUGUUGCUAUUGGAGGGUUUUGGGCUUAUGGAAACCUUAUGCCUUCGGGAGGAAUUCUUAACGCGUUGUUUGGGUUUCAUAGUCACGAUAUCUCGAGGGGCCUUCUUGCAAUGACAUUUCUGCUUGUUGUGUUUAACUGCUUGAGCAGUUUCCAGAUAUACUCAAUGCCGGUUUUUGACAGUUUUGAAGCCAGUUAUACAAGCCGUACCAAUCGUCCUUGCUCGAUUUGGGUGCGCUCCGGUUUCAGAGUUUUCUAUGGAUUUGUCAAUUUACUUAUAGGGGUGGCGCUCCCGUUCCUGUCAAGCCUUGCCGGUUUAUUAGGAGGUCUCACCCUUCCGGUCACCUUCGCAUACCCGUGCUUCAUGUGGGUUCUUCUUAAAAAGCCAACAAAGUACAGCUUCAAUUGGUACUUUAACUGGAUUCUUGGUUGGUUGGGGAUUGCAUUUAGCUUGGCCUUCUCCAUGGGAGGUAUUUGGAGCAUUGUAAACAGUGGGCUUAAGCUGAAAUUUUUCAAGCCAAACUGA